AGAAAAGGAAGAAAAAAAAAACACUCCAAGUUCAUAAAAUAUUAGGAGCUGAAGCUGCUUUAAAGAAUACUACAUUUAGGUGUGAAUAAGACAACAUGAACUUUACCCCAACACCUACCCCGAUCUGCAAAAAAAUAUCCAUCUCCGCCCAUCGCGACGUUGCGUCCGGCAGCAGGACCCCCCCCAGAUGGAGGGCGAUGACAGACUCCGUGGAGUCAACCCCCUUGCCUUCAACCAAAGAGCGUCUGGCCGUCCUCUGCCCUUCUCAGGAGCUCCUGGAGUAUUACCAAAAGAAGAUGGCCGAGUGUGAGGUGGAAAACAAGGACCUACUCAAGAAAUUGGAGCUCUACAAGGAAGCCUGUGAAGGCCAGCAUAAGCUUGACUGGGGUUUGCAGCAGAGGGAGGAGGAGAUUGCUGAGCUGCAGAAGGCGCUGAGCGACAUGCAGAUCUGCCUCUUCCAGGAGCGGGAACACGUUCUACGCCUCUACUCGGAAAACGACCGGCUGAGAAUCAGGGAGCUGGAAGACAAGAAGAAGAUCCAGAGCCUCCUGGCCCUCGUGGGAACGGACAGCCAGGAAGUGACGUAUUUCUACAAGGAGCCUCCCCACAAGAUCAGCAUUCCCCAGACGACCCUCCAGCCUGUGGGUGCGCAGGAGCCGGAGCGACCUUCCGAGUGCAAAGCAGAUCCUAAAACAAGCAGGAAAAGAGCCACGCUGAGAGAAAAGGAAGCCAGUGCCGAGCACCACCAGCAGGAUGUGGAGACGCUGGCCCUCCAGGUAGAAGCACUGCAGGCCCAGCUGGAGGAGCAGGCCAAGCUUUCCCAGGAACAGGUGCACGGGCUCAUGGAGGACAGGAGGAUUCACCUGGAGGAGAUCCAGGUUCAGCAGCAAAGAAACCAGCUCAGGAUCAAGGAGCUUACGAGGAGCCUCCACCACACGCAGGAGCUGCUCUACGAGAGCACCAGAGACUUCUUGCAGCUCAGGUUUGACAGCCAGAGCAAGGAGCAGUCGUGGAUGCUGGAGAAGGACCAGUUGGUGUUGGAGCUGCGGCUGUACCGGGGGAAGGGCAGGAAGAGGGAGGACCGCAGCGAGAAGGGCCCGCCCACCCUGCACGACAGCCACCCUACCCAGCAGGAGUACGUGAAGUCCCUGAAGGAGCGGCUGCGGCAGGAGCAGCGGCUGUCCGCCAUGUACCAGGAGCAGUGCGUUUCCCUGGAGGAGGAGCUCGCCCGCAUUCGGGAGGAGGAGGGCGUGAGGAGAGAGAUUUUCAAGGACCGCUCCCACAAGAUGGGAAAGCGCCUGCAGCUGAUGACCAAGCGCUACGAGGCCCUGGAGCACCGCCGCAUCCUGGAGGUGGAGGGCUUCAAGACCGACAUUAGGAUUCUCCGGCAGAAGCUCAAAGACCUGGAGCAGAUGCUCUACAAGGCCACGCUCAGCACCCAGGCCAACAAGGACCUGGCCAUGCUGUGCGACAUGCGCAGCAGCAGCCGGAGGGCGCACCGGAUCCAGGGCGAGCUGCGGAACCUCAAGUCCAAGGUGUUCGGGCUGGAGAACCAGCUGCGGCUCUGCUGACCUGG